ACCCCGGAACGGAGUGCAGCCCUCGCGGGCAGAGGGCAGGAUAUAAAGGGACUGCUGGACUGCGGCUGGCUUCGGGAACUUCCCUGAGUAGCGGUGCUGAAGGCUCGCGUGGAGAUGGGGGGAAGCGCCCAGAACCCGGGAGCCCUGCAAGGUGGCAACGCCCCUGGCCAGUCUAUGUACGAGCGGUUAAGUCAGAGGAUGCUGGACAUUUCUGGGGACCGGGGCGUGCUGAAGGCUGUCAUCCGAGAGGGUGCUGGAGAGCUGGUGACACCGGAUGCUUCAGUGCUAGUAAAAUAUUCUGGAUAUCUGGAGCACAUGGACAAGCCUUUUGAUUCUAAUUACUUUAGGAAAACUCCUCGGCUAAUGAAACUUGGAGAGGAUAUUACACUUUGGGGCAUGGAGCUGGGCCUUCUGAGCAUGCGGAGAGGGGAGCUGGCCAGGUUUCUGUUCAAACCGAGCUAUGCCUAUGGAACGCUGGGCUGCCCUCCCUUGAUCCCUGCAAACACCACUGUCCUGUUCGAGAUUGAGCUGCUUGACUUCCUGGACUCGGCAGAGUCAGACAAGUUUUAUGACCUUUCAGCCGAGCAACAAAAUGAGUUUCCGCUUCAGAAGGUCCUAAAAGUAGCAGCUACCGAACGGGAGUUUGGCAACUACCUUUUCCACCAAAAUCGUUUCUAUGAUGCCAAAGUGAGAUAUAAACGGGCCUUGUUGCUUCUCCAACGGCGAUCAGCACCCCAUGAAGAGCAGCACUUGGUGGAGGCCGCCAAGCUUCUUGUCCUCCUUAACCUGUCCUUAACCUAUCUGAAGCUGGAGCGACCCACCAUGGCUCUGCGCUAUGGAGAGCAGGCUCUGACCAUUGACUGCAAGAAUGCCAAGGCCCUCUUCCGGUGUGGACAGGCCUGUGUCCUCAUGACUGAGUAUCAGAAGGCCAGAGAUUUUCUAGUCCAGGCCCAGAAGGAAAAGCCCUUCAAUCAUGACAUCAAUAAUGAGCUGAAGAAGCUGGCCAGCUAUUACCAGGACUACAUGGAUAAAGAGAAAGAAAUGUGUCAUAGAAUGUUUGCUGCUUGUGAUAGUGGCUCUGUCGUAGGAGACAAUUAA